AUGUCGUUUCUCGUCGGUUUAAGUGUCGCGGUCAUCAGUUCGCGUCAUCUGCCCUGCCCAUUGGUUGUCCAGCAGGAGAACCGUUGUCUAACUGUGUUUUGGAAAUUGCUAAUUUGGCAGCAGGGAGAAACUUUAGACAAUUCAUUCGUUCUCACCGACAGGGUAGAGGCAAUCAUAAUUUGUGUGGGCGUCGAGCGUGAUUUGGUCACUCAUCUGCAGUCCACUCUACAAGGAGUCGAACAUUGCGCUCUGGCUCCAUUAGUGGGAUCAAGCUCUAGGCAUCCGCCCUCUCCUCUACCACGGAAUGGGAUUUCGACCUUGCCUGUGGGCACCUUCGGCGUGAUUCGAACCCAAGACAAAAUCUUUAUGCUCCGUUGGAUCGAGGCUACUGGGCUUAUUUUCACUUUCUUCGAUGCCAUCUGGACGUGGCAGGAACUCAACAUCUAG